GGCUACCUUACAGCAGACCUGCAAUCGGAUGAUGGUGAGAUGGGGCCAAGGAAAAGACGACCAAACAAAAGGUAUUUGGAGGAGGACAGCGAGGAGGAGGCAGGACCAAGCCAUAGGGGGAGGAGGCCACCAUCUAUUGACACCACUCAGCUGGACAGCGAGUGGCAAUUCCCCUCCCUUAAUGAAGACACCCAGCCAGGCCUGUUUCUUCACAGCCAGCCAUUAACUCAUGAUUCACCGUCGUCAGAAACCCCGCCAGGCCCUUUCCUUCACAGCCAGCCACUAACCCAUGAUUCACCCCAGCCACGUCACCGCUUCCAUGCCACACCUCUGCCAUCGCAACAGGGGAACAAUCAGUUGCUGCGUGACAUGGGCAUCAGCACAGUCAUCGCUCUCCUUGGCCAGCUGAGGGAGGAAAACAGGGAGCUGAAGGGGGAAGUAGGAAGGCUGGCACAAGAAGUCAGGGCCCUAAGGAGAGAGAUGGGGAGACAAGACACACCCCAGACAUCGCCCCUAAUCAAGCUCCCACUCUCCACCAUGGAGGAGUUUUUGGCAGCAGAGGCCCUGGUGAAGGAAGAUGCCAAACAAAAGCAGCUAAUGGUGUCUACCUUAGCCCUUUGUGGAGGAACCGACGUAGGGGUCACAGUGAGGCGGAUGCUGCGUAGCCUCCUGGUCAACAGCUUGGCCAGCCAAUUUAACUGGGCUGGAGAGGGGGAAAAAAACUGCGUUUAAGGACACCAAGAUCCAUGAUGUCCUGUUUGAUGCUCUACAAAAGCAGCUGCCAGGGAGCACACACGCUACUUUUAGUGACGCAAUCAAGAAGUGGCUUAAGUAUGCGCCAGAGAGAG